AUGCAGAGCCUAGCGGGGAGCGGGAGGGCUGGCGGCCGGGAGCCGCACAAGAUGAAGACGCUGAUGCGCCAGGGGCUGGCCGUGUGCUUGGCGCUCACCACCAUGUGCACCAGCUUGUUGCUCAUGUACGGCGGCAUCGGCGGCCACCCGGAGCCGCGGCGGCGGCAGCAGCAGCAGCAGGUGGCGGCGGCGCCCAGCCGGGCGCCGGGAGGCGGCCAGCAGCGCCCGGCGCCCCCCGGCGGGACCGGCCUCCUGGAGGGCUACAUCAGCGUCCUGGAGCACAAGCCUUUAAAAAUGCACUGCAAGAGCUGUGCAUUGGUAACCAGUUCUGGACACCUUCUAGGAAGCAAACAAGGUGACAACAUCGACCAGACAGAGUGUGUAAUACGAAUGAACGAUGCACCUACUCGAGGCUAUGGAAAAGAUGUGGGAAACAAAACGAGCCUUCGAGUCAUUGCACACUCCAGUAUUCAGAGGAUUUUACGAAAUCGCAACGAACUCUUAAAUAUGAGCCGUGGAGCUGUAUUUAUCUUCUGGGGUCCCAGCAGCUACAUGAGAAGAGAUGGGAAAGGCUUGGUAUAUAAUAACCUGCAGCUGAUGAAUCAGAUACUGCCUCAAUUAAAAGCAUAUAUGAUUUCUCGCCAUAAGAUGCUUCAAUUUGAUGACCUUUUUAAACGGGAAACCGGGAAAGACAGGAAGAUAUCCAACACUUGGCUUAGCACGGGCUGGUUCACAAUGACUAUCGCAUUAGAGCUCUGUGACAGGAUAAAUGUUUAUGGCAUGGUGCCACCGGAUUUCUGCAGGGAUCCUAAUCAUCUUUCCGUACCUUAUCACUAUUACGAACCUUUGGGACCUGAUGAGUGCACAAUGUACAUUUCCCACGAGCGGGGCCGAAAGGGCAGCCAUCAUCGUUUCAUCACAGAGAAACGAGUGUUUGAGAACUGGGCACGGACAUUCAAUAUUCACUUUUUCCAACCAGACUGGAAACCAGAACCACUUGCUGUAAAUCACCCUGAGAAUAAGCCAGUGGUCUGAGGGAGGAACACAGAAGACUGCAAUCACAGUCACCCACUCCAUCAGCUUUCAGGGUGUUGGACCUUCUGGGACAGCAAGGCAACCCAGAUGAGAAGAGUAACAGGACUUGCAGAUGAGAACUGCAACAACAGUCAGGAAGUUAUGAUGGAGUAUAUCAAGAGUACUUUGUGUCAAACUGUACAUUAAACCAGUAUAUAGCCUUUUCUGGCCAUCUGA